CAAAAUGAAAUUUUCGGCUGAUGUUUGAUAUGUUUUAUCAAAAUGAGUGAGUCAGACAGCCUUCCAUCCGAUAUCAAAGAAGUGUGCCAUUGUAUCCCUUUGCCUGAACAAACCUACCAUCGUUUUUCCCAAUGAUGUGAUGAAAAAGGAAAAGAAAGGUUUUAUAAUUAUAUUUAUGGCUUAUUCUGACCAGUUAUAGAAAAGUCGUCCAGUCUAGAGCUUAUUAGUCAAUUUUGAAGCCAGUACCUAAUACUUUUAAGGAAGCUGUGGACAUAGGCAAAUAAACACUAUUUGAUCAGACAAUCAGCAGGAUACAUGCCAAAGAAAUCUAAAAUAAAAAAUAACGAACUUGUAACGACCUUAAAGGAAGCUGAUUAUGAGAAACAUACGCAGAAAAAAGUUAAAUGUAUUCAUCUACUGGACUAAUUGAAGUAAAACAUUUAUAGUUUUGUUUGAUAAAAGAAUAAAGAAAAUGGUGCUAAUAAUCUGACUGUUGAAGGGUGCACCGAAACAUGUUCAUGGCUGAAAAUAUUUCUUCCAGUUGAACGGUAUUGAGAAUUAAUUGGUACAUCCAGUAUCAUUGCGGAGAACUACUGCCUAAAUUAACAGGUCGAUUGACAUGAAAAACUCAUCAAGCAACAGUCAACACUGCGUUUUCUGCUUGAGGUGAAAAAUGGAUAUUUAUUGUAGACAGCAACUUCGUGUUAGGAAAUGCCCAAGUACCGAGCUUAUAUCCCAUUGUGUACUGCUCAGAUGGAUUCUGCGAACUCACCGGCUUUCAGCGAGCACAAAUAAUGCAGAAGGGGUGCGCUUGCAAGUUCCUCUACGGCCCUGAAACCAAGGAGGAACACAAAUCGCAGAUCGACAAAGCGUUAGAGUUUAAGAAUGAACUGAAAUUGGAGGUUAUAUUUUACAAGAAAAACGGAACCCCUUUCUGGUGUUUACUCGACGUAGUCCCCAUCAAGAAUGAAAAGAGAGAAGUCGUCCUCUUUCUCGCUUCGCACAAGGAUAUCACGAACACAAAAAUGGCAGAAAUGUCCGAUUCCGAGCUUUAUGACAGCGCGUCUCUGCUCGGGGCUCGGUUUCGAGGUGCUGACUCUUGCCUCCUUGCAGACGCAAACGGUAACCUAGACCCAGAAGAUCCUCCGGCCAAUUAUGGAAGAAGAAGAUCGAGGGCGGUGCUAUACCAGCUCAGUGGACAUUACAAGCCUGUUAAAAUGAAGACCAAAUUGAAGCUCAACAAUAACUUAUUGAGUUCGACACCAGCCCCCUUGCCCGAAUAUAAGACUGCUUCAGUGAAAAAGAGUAGGUUUAUCAUAUCCCAUUACGGUAUGUUCAAAAGCGUCUGGGACUGGCUGAUCUUGACGGCCACAUUUUAUGUGGCCGUUGUGGUGCCUUACAAUGCCAGCUUCACCAUAAUUGAAAGGCCCUCAGUGGUCGUUGAUGUAUUCGUCGAGGCACUCUUCAUUAUGGAUAUUUGCUUGAAUUUCCGUACCACUUUCGUUAACAGAAAGGGUGAAGUUGUUUCAAAUGGAAAGCUAAUAUCCGUUCACUACCUCAAAACGUGGUUCCUUGUAGACUCUUUAGCAGCGCUGCCCUUCGAUCUUCUUUAUGUGCUUUAUGGAGAGGAUAGGGAUGUCCCAGCUUUUGCCCGUUCGCACAUUCAUCUCAUAAAAUUAACACGUCUUCUACGACUGGCCAGGCUACUCCAAAAAAUGGAUAGGUAUUCUCAGUAUAGUGCAAUGAUUCUCACACUUCUGAUGCUGUCCUUCACCCUGGUAGCGCACUGGUUGGCUUGCAUUUGGUACGUCAUAGCUGAUAAGGAAAUGGAGCGAAAUGAUUUGGGCUGGAUACACAAUCUGGCGGAGAGGCUUAAGAUAUUGAACGUGUCGUUAAUAUCAAACACAGACGCCUACGUGACAGCCCUUUAUUUUACCUGUUCUAGUUUGACGAGUGUAGGAUUUGGCAAUGUGAGUGCCAAUACAACCAGCGAAAAAAUUUUCAGCAUAUGUGUCAUGCUGAUUGGUGCCCUAAUGCAUGCUGUCGUUUUCGGCAACGUUACAGCAAUAAUCCAAAGAAUUUAUUCAAGAAGAUCGCUGUAUCACAGUAAAUGGCGGGAUUUGAAGGACUUUCUGACCCUCCAUCAGAUCCCGAAAGAACUCAAACAGAGGAUGCAAGAUUAUUUCCAGACAAUGUGGAGUCUCAAUCACGGAAUCGAUAUACAUGAGACACUCAAAGAAUUCCCAGAGGAGCUACGGGGCGACGUAUCGAUGCACCUACAUCGGGAAAUACUCCAGCUUCCAAUUUUUGAGGCAGCAUCGCAAGGCUGUCUGAAGUUGCUCUCGUUACACAUCAGAGCGAAUUUCUGCGCUCCCGGCGAGUACUUAAUCCACAAGGGCGACGCUCUGAGCUACAUAUACUACAUAUGCAAUGGAUCCAUGGAAGUCGUACAAGAUGACAUGGUGGUUGCUAUUUUAGGUAAAGGCGAUCUUGUAGGAAGCGACAUCAACCUCCACCUACAGCACAACUCCUCCAAUGGUCCUUCUUCGGACAAUAGAGGUGGAACGGGAUGUAUAGACAUAGUGAUCAAAUCCAGCAGUGAUGUUCGCGCUUUAACUUAUUGCGAUCUUAAGUGCGUGCACAUGCAAGGAUUAGUGGAAGUGCUUCGAUUGUAUCCUGAAUAUCAACAGCAGUUCGCCAACGAUAUACAGCACGAUUUGACGUUCAAUGUCCGGGAAGGGUACGAGGCAGAGCAGGAAUCCGAAGGAAACGGCAUGCCCUCCUUGACUCUGCCCAGCAUCAGCGAAGACGACGAAAACGCUCAAGAGGAAGAGGGUGGCAACAGCCCUAUCAGCCCCAACAGGUCUCCCCUCCACGUUCCGAAUCUGAGCAACAGCCCUCGUCACGCAAAAUUCAAUCUCAGAUUACAAGAAAUACAGGAGAACAUAAAACUAAGGCCGCGACUGGGUGGAAUAGCGACCAAUCAUCUUGCUAUGCUGCGCCAGAGAGUAGAGAGGCAAAGAAGCGUGAACAUACCGUCAAAACAAUCGAUGCAUGCAUCCUCCGAUGAUGUGAGUAACGAGGAUGGGGAAAGCACAAAACGAAACAGCGUUGAAAAGCUAGACUCGCAAAUUUCGACUUUACAUCAGGAUGUGGCGGCCUUAAGCAUAGAGGUCCGGAACGCCAUCCAGGCCCUGCAGGAGAUGAAGACGCCUUCGACAGGAGUGUCGUCAUCUUUCAACGCCAUCUCCAACCCUAAUUUGGCACGUGCCGGCGAUAACUUCUCGAGAAACGGCAUCCUGGCCAGGAGCUCAUCGCAUCCGCCGGAAAUGUUCUGCUGGGACCCUGAUGAGCCCGUGACAGAAACGUUUAGACCGCUCAGGAACACAGUCGACGUCGAGACGCAAACCGGCGACGACCUGAUCAAGGACUUCGUCCUGCAGAAUUCGGACAAGAUCAUGCAAUUCCUAGGUUUAAGUAGCGACAAGGUUAAACAGUAUUCCAGACUGAGAAAGAGCUAUAGCAUCUCCGACGACAGGACUGUCGUCAAGUUCGAUAAGAGUACGAAAGAUACAGAAGGUUGUUCCAUAGAUAUCGAAGGACAAGAAUCACCGUCUGGGACGUGGAAGAGUAAUUCUGGUUACGGCGAACAUCAUAAGGUUCAGAUAUUCGGAGGUUUCAGCCCGUCUACGAAUUUGAUUCGCCACUUCAAAGAGAAUAAUUAUGACGAUCUUUAAAUGAUGUGGCUGUCGAUUAUUUUUGAAUUGAUCAGAGCCGUCGCUAGGGCGUAGGCGGUCGCCUAGGGCGCCAAAAUUCAGGGGCGGCUUUUCAAGCUUGAUGAACAAAACUCCCAUUUGUGAAAGUUCAAGGUACCGAAUGAAAAUAUAUCAAUCAGAAAAGGUAGGCAAAAUGACUUGGGAUGAAUUCGCUUGAAUUUUUUAUAUGUUGUAGAACUCGUGAUGCUUCUCAAAUGUCUUCAUUGCUACCAUCUUAAUUCAAUCAUUUAAAUUUUAUUGGGUGCUGAAAGUUACUUUUCUAAAAUGUUAAAUGGCCAUUGUUAAAAACUUUUUGGAAUAUAUGAACAGAGCCGUAUCUGAGGCGUGGCAUAGGUGGCACCUGCCAUGGGCGAAAGGUCCACAGGAGCGCUCAAAAAUAUCAAAAGAAAAAAAUAUUGAAGCACCAGGCGAAAUAAUUCGAAAGAUCACAACUCGGUUUGCAUGUAUAUAUACGCCUCGCGACGAGCGAUGCCGAGAAUCUGGAAACCUUCAAAAUAUUGCACUUCAUCAAGCUUGUCAGUAUUUCUUCGACAAACGGUACCAUCUCUUUUUGAGUCAAGUGCGGCUUAUUUUUCUUUGAUACAAUUUUAUAACGAUCGGUCUUUUAAAUCUUCAGGAGUUAUCUCUUCAUAUGUACCUAUAUGAAAUGUGUAUUUCAAUGAAAAUAAGUAAAUAUAUGAAUAUGAAUAGUUGCGAAAACAAUUAGAGGGAGUAUCCUUUCCAAAAAAUAGGGUGGGUCUUUCAAAUGAACUUUUUUUUGAGCCCCCUCCUGCUUAGUUAUAGCCCCUAAAGAUGGAGCCCGAAAAGUAGUUUUCAAUUUGUGAAAAGUUAAUAAUUGUUUUUUUUUUGUUACAUGCAUUUUAUAUUUUUAUAUUUGUGAAUGAAAAUAUCGCUUUGACAUAAUUUAUUUCUCGAAAACCAAAAAAUUCCUAAAAAUGAAAUUGAACCGACAUUUCAUUCGAGUGAGAAGGCAUUCAAAAAAUUGUUAGUGGUGUUCCUCUAUAAUUUCAAGGGGUACAAAAAGCCACCCCUCAAAAUUGUUUCGCAAUAAAUUUCUCUUUAUUCAUAUUUUACAAUAUGAAGAAAUAAAUACAAUAAGUAAAUUAAUUUUGGAUAGACUAAUCCAUUCUUAACAAAUGAGGUCUCUUGUACAAAACAUCGACAGAAAAUACGCGUUGUGAAGGUUGGAAUUAUUGUAGACCUGAAAUGUAUCCAAUUGGCGGAUGUCAAAACGAUAUUUUUAUUCAGAACUGGAAUCGCUCCCUGAAUUUUUUUGCAAGUAUUCAUUAUUAUUCAAUUAUUAUUUUAAAACUUGAACGAAAAUAUAAGACUUAAAUUAUGUAUGAAAAAAUACUAUAAAAAAUAAAAUAGGUAAAAAAAAAAUUUCGAAAAUGGGGGGCGCUGUAAAAUAUAUUGCCACAGGCCCAAUAGUACCUAGAUACGGCUUUGUAUGUAAACCAAAUCGAGUAUGCAUCGAUUGUUCAUUUGUCUAAUCAAAGUCCACUAUAGAGAAAAAUGAUAUCAAGUUCUUCAGUGAUUAAAAAAAAUUGAGCCGUGGAAUAAAUGCAGCAGGAUGUUUCCUUAUUGAAUGUCAUUAUUUGUGGGGGUGA